GAAAACGCAUAAAGAAAAAACAGCCCGCCUCUGAGUGUGCAAAAAAUUGAGCAUCUCACCAAACCCAGAAAAAUCAGAUCAGAGAAUUUCAAAAUUAGAAAAACACAGUGAGAGUGAGUGUGAGAGAAAGAGAGUUGGUGAGACAUGGAGAAGAUCUGCGUUGCAGUUCGAGUGAGACCUUCGGUAUCCUCAGAAUCCUUCAAUGGAGCCUACUGGAAUGUCGAAGACAAUCGCAUUUCUCUUCACAGGCUUCACGGCACCCCUAUCUCUGGCCUCUCUUACACUUUUGAUCAUGUAUUUGACGAAAGUUCCACAAACGCUAGGGUUUACGAGCUUCUUACGAAGGAUAUCAUUCACGCAGCAGUUGAUGGAUUUAACGGAACUGCUUUUGCAUAUGGACAAACCAGCAGUGGCAAGACUUUCACCAUGAAUGGCUCAGAAACGGAUGCGGGGAUUAUUAACAGGGCAGUUAAGGAUGUAUUUGCAAAAAUUCAGAUGAUAUCUGAUCGCGAGUUUCUGAUUCGAGUUUCCUACAUGGAAAUUUAUAAUGAAGAAAUCAAUGACCUUUUCUCUGUAGAGAAUCAGAAAUUGCAAAUACAUGAGAGUUUGGAGCGUGGGAUAUUCGUCUCUGGUCUGAGGGAGGAAAUUGUUAACAAUGCUGAACAAGUGUUAAAGCUCAUUGAAUUGGGAGAAGUUAAUAGGCACUUUGGUGAGACAAAUAUGAAUGUUCGUAGUAGUAGAUCCCACACAAUAUUCAGAAUGGUGAUUGAAAGCAAAGGGAAGGAUACCAAUUCUUCAGGGGAUUCUUCAAGUGUUGAUGCUAUCCGUGUUUCAGUCUUGAAUUUGGUAGAUUUAGCUGGGUCUGAAAGGAUUGCUAAAACUGGAGCUGACGGAGUACGUCUUAAGGAAGGAAAGCACAUUAAUAAGAGUUUAAUGGUUCUGGGUAACGUGAUCAACAAACUAAGUGAGGGUGCAAAACAGAGGGGUCAUAUUCCUUAUCGUGAUAGUAAGCUAACACGAAUACUUCAACCUGCUCUUGGUGGCAAUGCCAAAACUUCAAUUAUAUGCACCAUAGCACCUGAGGAGGUACACAUUGAAGAAACAAAGGGAACUCUUCAAUUUGCUAGCAGAGCCAAGCGCAUCACUAAUUGUGCUCAAGUGAAUGAAAUUUUGACAGAUGCAGCCUUAUUGAAGCGGCAAAAACUAGAGAUUGAGGAUCUUCGUAAGAAGCUUCAGGGAUCUCAUGCUGAGGUGCUGGAGCAAGAGAUCUUAAAAUUGCGGAAUGAUAUGCUCAAGUAUGAACUAGAGCGGGAGAAGCUUGCGACAGAAUUGGAAGAGGAGAGGAAAUCACAUAAGGAACGUGAUCAAUGCAUUCGUGAGCAACAGAUGAAAAUUGACAAUCUAAGUAAUCUUGUUUCUUUUUCAGACCUUGACAGAAACUCUAAUCAGGGACAGGGCUCUGCAAGACAAAGCCUUAAGGAAGAAUGCAGUGAAAGUAGUGUACAUCAAGGAGAUGCUUUUAGCACCCCUUGUUUCAAGGCAGAUCCCAAAGCCUUUGUUGUCAAGCGAUCAAAUUACUCAACACUGCCUGAUUAUAGCCCUCUUCCUGAUACAUUUAGCAAUGUGGCUGAUGAAGACACAUGGCAGAAAAUGAACAAAGGUUACAUGGCGGACCUUGAUUCACUUCAAAUGACUCCUGCAAGAAAAGUUCAAUCAUUUCCUUCCAAUGACAUAACUCCUGCUUGUUCAAAUGAUAAUUUUAAAAAAGAGGUUCAACAACUCAAGAGACAAUUAGAGAUUGCCACUGAAGACAAAAAUGAACUGGAGAGAAAGCAUGCGGAACAGAUUAUGCUGAACCAUCAACUAAUGGAUGAAAUAUCCAAACUUCAACAAGAAGCAAAACUUAUCCAAGAAAUCCCUCAAAGGCUAAGUGAAUCUGUGGGAAAUUGCAAAGAUGUCUAUGAGGAUAUUUUGUCAAUAGUACAGAGUUUUGUAUCUGAUGGGGAAUCUUCAACUGCAAAAUUGCUAUCAAGCACAAGUGAAAUUGGUAAAAGCCUUUUUACAACUUUGGAAACUCAUUUCUCAAUGGCAAUGGAUGACCGAAGUUCUUCCACUGGGAACAAUUUUCUAAUUCAAGAACAAUGCAAAGUGCUUUAUGAGAAGUUGAACAGUACAAUUACAUCGUUGGUAUCAUCAGAAACACCAUCCUCUGAGAAUGAAGAAGCGAGGGCUCAACUAUGUAGCUGUGGAAAUAAGGGCUGCACUCAGGGAGGAGAAACUGCUUGUUGGAAGGAAGAACUGAGCAAUGAGCUGAACACCAUCAAGGAAAGAUAUUAUGGCUUGGAGAAAGAGUUAGAUCACAAUAACCAACUCCUGGUGGUUUCUAAAGAAAGAUAUGAUAGCUUGGAAAGAGAGUUUCGGCUGUUGAAAGAAGAUAGAGAUCUUUUGCACCAAAUGGUCUCUGACUCAUCUCAAAAACUUUCCCUGGUUACUGACCAAAAGGAAAAUGUUUUGAAGGAUUUGAACACCGAAGUACGGAGAAGGAAAAAUCUUGAAGAAGAGAUCAAACAGUUUAGUGUUGCUUUUGCCUCUCGUCAAAGAUCACUUGCGUCUUUCCAUAGUGAUAUUAAUUCUAAUUGUGAAAAACUGAGAACUCAAUGUUUAGUUUCUUUACCCAAAUCUCGUGGGUGUUGAAGGUCAUAAGUGCUAGUUUAAUGUUAUGGCAGGCUUACAAUUUGAAGCCUGAUUGUUUCCUUUGUAUUUGAGACGAACAUUAUGACCCUUGUUAUGUAUUUAAAUGGAUCGUGCUUUAAGCUUA